CGGGCGAGGCGGCGGCGAGGCUCCGGCAGGGACCCGCCUCCCGCCCGGCCGAGCAGCCCGCGUCGCUGCCUCCGAGGCGGCCGGAGGAGGCGGCGGAGGGCGGCCCGGCCAUGAACGGCAGCCGCCGCGAGAGCGACUGGCAGGGGCUGGUGGGCGAGUACCUGGUGUGCAAACGGAAACUGGACAGCAAGAAGGAAGCGCUGCUGAUUCUUUCCAAGGAACUGGAUUCGUGUCAACAGGAAAGAGACCAGUUCAAGCUUAUGGCUAACCAGCUACGAGAAAAGCACCAGUCACUAAAGAAGAAAUAUCAGGAACUAAUUGAUGGCGAUCCCUCUCUUCCUCCGGAGAAAAGAAAACAGGCGAAUCUCACCCAGCUUCUGAGUGAUUCUCGGGAUCGAAAUAAACACUUAGGGGAAGAAAUCAAAGAACUGCAGCAAAGGCUGGGCGAAGUGCAGGGAGACAACAAGCUUCUUCGGAUGACGAUUGCCAAGCAAAGACUUGGAGAUGAAGAAGUUGGGGCCCGUCAUUUCGCCCCCCACGAGCGCGAAGAUCUCGUCCAGCAGCUGGAGAAAGCACGGGAACAAAUUGAGACUCUCCAGCUUGAUCUUCAAGCUACGUUGGACGAACUCCAGGAUGUGAAGGAAGAACGUUAUUUUUACCAAGAUAAGUCCGACAAGCUAAACCAGGAGCUGAACUAUGUUCUCGGGGGCCACGUUGACCGUAUUAUCGACAUAGAUGCUCUCUGUAUGGAAAACAGAUACCUUCAUGAGCGAUUAAGACAAGUUCAAGAAGAGGUUAAUAUUCUGAAAUCAAACAUUGUGAAAUACAAGAACGCUCUAGAAAGAAGGAAGAAUUCGAAGGGCCACAGCAAAUCAAACAGCAGCGCCCUGACUGGGAUCCUUUCUGCAAAGCAAGUGCAAGAACUGUUAUCUGAAGAUCACGGCUGCAGUUUACCAGCAACGCCUCAGUCCAUUUCUGAUCUCAAAUCCUUGGCUACUGCUUUAUUGGAGACCAUCCAUGAGAAGAACAUGGUCAUUCAGCACCAAAGGCAAACCAACAAAAUCUUAGGCAAUCGGGUGGCGGAGUUGGAGAAAAAACUAAGAACUUUAGAAGUUUCUGGGCUAUGGAGCCUCCCAGGUGGCAAGGAUACGAUUACAUUUAGCGAACCGGCUCUUCCCGCUAUCCAGAGGUUACGUUCGCCGUUGCUAACAUUGGUCGAGAAGCCACCACAGAAUGUAGAAGAAGAUCAAACAAGGCAGCCGCUAAUCACGUGUCCUGCUAAAACGGAACGGACUCUUCCGGAAGAAGCCGCUCUCCCUGCAGAGGACUCGCGCGGAAACCUCAAGAGCGGCCCUCAAGCCAAGAGUUUCCGUUCGUCGUCGUCCCAGGGUCUGUCAGAAGAAGGGGACCCCGGCGGCCUUGAGGAUGACCAGGCCAAGCGGACUGAAGAUCGGUCGUCCACUGCAGAACUGGAGGACAGAGGAAGAGACGGUCCGACAGACGAACAAGGUGGAAGCCCGGGAGAACCGGACAGUUUUGCUGACGGGGACUCUUCCGUCUCCAGCCCUCCUCCCUGGAGUUCCAAGGAAGCAUCCGAGCUGGAGAAGAGACCUCUGGCUGAAAACCAGACUGGAGAAGAACUGAGGGGCAGCCAGGAAAACGGGGUAGCAUCGUGUAGCUGAAGACCACCAAAGGAAACCCAUGGCCCUGCUGGAUGUUAAAGACGCUCCAAAGUUCAUUCUUUCAACUUCAAGCUUGAGUUACAUUCCAAAUGAGACCCCUGAAGCUACGAAGGUGGAAGAUAUUUCUCCUCUUCUUCCUUCUCCUCCAUCUCCAUCUUCUUUGUCUCCUUUUUCUUCUCCUUCCUUCUCUUUAUCUAUCUUCUUCUCCUUCUUCAUCUCCUUCAUCCUUAAUCAAUC